AUGCACCAUCGGUGCGAAGCCAUGCGCGUGUUAUCAUUACUUUGUGGCAUCGUUCUGCAUGUGGGUUGGGCCUACAAGCUUUCGAAAAACAUCCCUCUCAACAUGUCGGGCGCGGAUGAGAACCUGACCGACAUUGUUUCCGACAGUAUACUUGGCGAAAUGGAGGACUUGAACCAAUUGCCUGAUCCGGAGAAGGAAGGCGAAGGCAUGGGCGAGCUGGGCAAGAGCUUGGAGUUCUUGAUGCUCAAAGUCGCCCAGCUUGAGACGUUGGCGGAGUUGCAGCAGGUUGAGCUCGACGCGCAACGUUCGAUGAUUGAGAAGUGCAUGACGAAACUGGGCCUCAGCGACAGCGAGGUUGGAUUGGCGCAGAAGCCGAAGGGUUCCGAAGAGAGUGUGCGGGAAGCGCAUGCCGUAUUGAAGCGAGUGAUCCAGAAGCACGCUCACCAGCGGGAGAAAAAGGAGUACCACCCGGACAGCCACAAGCAGCAGGCGGCCGAAGAGAAGGAGCCUGAGCUGAAGGAGAAGGAUGAGCUGAAAGAGGCGCACAAGAAGGAGGCCUUGGGGCCAGGCGGCUCUGGAGAAAAGAGGGCCUUGCUCCAAAAACGCGAGAAGGAGAAGAAGGGCUCGAAGUGGGGUGGGCUCGUAAAGGCGGCCAAGAGCGGAUGGGACGCCACCGGAGGUCAAGUGACGGAUGGGAGCCUGCUCACGGGCGAAGCUCUGACCAACGCCUACAAAGCAGCCAAGGACGCCGGGAACGCCGUCGAGUUUGUGAAGAACACCGCAAUUAACACUGUGGAGAUGGCCGUGGCGAUCCUGACGGGAGGCUUCAACGAUUGGAGCGCUAGCUGCACCAAUGUCGCUCCGCAAAUGGGCGUCAGCGGCAACGAGCUCUACAUCGACUUUGGCCACAACACCUGCACAGUCCGGCUUAUGGGCCAGAGCAUCACGCUUUUCAACUGGCACUGGGGAAGGAAGGGAGUGAACGUCCUGGACAUGCUGCCCCUGCAGGUCCGAGCCCUUGCUCAAGCACCUGUCGCAGUGAUCAACACGCAGAUCACCUUUGCCACCGGCCUCACCGGCUGCAUCAAUGGCGACCAGCCUUCGGGAAUUAUCGAGUGUCUGGGGGCCAAGAUCAUCGAGAGGGUCCCCCCCCUGAACUACUUGAACCGCAUGAGCGACAUCCUCACGGAGGCGCGCUCAGGUUUCGGGACGACUCGGGCUGAAAGCGCCAUGUGGGAUAGAUUUAUCGCUAAGCCGCUGCCCCACCUCGGCCACAAUGACGCAGAUGUGGAUGUACGCUUCGCAUCUCGACAGGGGUCGCCGCAAGACCCCGUAGGGGGCUAA